AUGUCUGAUGAAGAAGAAGAAAUAGAAGAAGUAGAAGAAGAAGAAGAGGAACCUGAGGAAGAAGAACCAGAAGAAGAACCUGAAGAAGAAGAACCUGAAGAAGAACCUGAGGAAGAAGAGGUAGAAGCAGAAGUGCAAGCUUGGGUAGAGGCUGAUCAGGAGGAGGAAGAACAAGAACAAGAGGACCAAGAAGAAGAAGGAAGUGAAAGUGAAAGUGAAAGUGACAGCAGUAGCAGUAGCAGUAGUAGUAGUGAUGAAGAUCAUGGCAGUGGAGAGGAACAUGAAGAUGUCCAUGUGAUUGUUGUAGAAACACAUCACCAUCAUCAUCAUAAACAUAAG